GGAGGAUAACACUGGUCCCUAUACAGCCCACAGCUGGUGACUGGAUCCACACAGCUCAGGACGGCUGGGUCGCGUCCCAACGCAGAAGCAGGAGAAGGUCCCUUGCCUGGAAGACCGAGGGAGCUGAAAGGAAAACCUCUCAGAGACAUCCCACUGAUACCAUGGCGAGUGCACCCUCCCCAGAGAGCAACAGCUUUAUUAAGCACAUCGUUGAAUGUUUGCUGACCACAGUGAGCAAAGAGGAUCUGCAGCAGCUGCUGACCCAAGAUGAAGCCUGGGGCAUUGUUAAGACAAAGGCUCAAUUGUCCAGGGAAGAAGCAGAUAAACUACAUGAAACUCUGAAGGAGCGCACAGCAGACAUGGCUAUGGAGGAUGAGGACAGGCUCCAAAAAGUCCAGCAGACUAAGGAGAGGUUUUCAGCUGCAUUUCCAAAGCUGAAAGAGGAGGUAGAAGAAGACAUAGAAAAGCUCCGCGCACUUGCAGACCAGCUUGAUCAGGUGCACCGGGGCUGUACCGUCUCCAAUGUGGUGGCUGGAUCUACCACAGCUGCCUCUGCAGUCCUUGGUUUGGCUCUGGCACCUUUCACAGCAGGUAUUAGUGGGAUCCUCACAGGAGCAAGGACAGCGCUGGGAGUAGCAAGUGGUGUGACCAGUUUUUCCACUAGCAUAGUGGACUCCACAAACAUAUCUUCAACUGAAAGUGAAGCUAGGGGCUUGGUUUCAAACAUCAUGGACAAACUGAAAGGGUUCAUACAGGAAAUAGGUUAUAUCCCACCCAAAGUCAUUUCCUCAACUGAAUAUUGGAGCCAAUUUCUGGAAGACAUUGGAAAGACCAUAGAUGUCAUCAAGCAGGCUAAGGGUGACCUUCACUUAAUAUUCAGUGCCACAUACAACAUGAUGUUUAGAAAUAUCUUGUUUGAAAGUGGUAUGCCUUUGAAUGUGGUCUUUCAACACUCAGGUCGGAUCAUGAAAAUAGCAGAAGCCCUCCUCAGAGUUGUCAACGUUUUCUUCUUUGUGAUAGAUAUGAUCGAUCUUGCAGGGAACUCAAAGCAUUUGCAAGAGGGGGCAAAAUCAGAGUAUGCUGAAGAGCUGCGGCAGUGGGCUCAGGCACUGCAAAACCAUUUGAAGGACCUGGAGGAGAUCCAGAAAUGGAUGUCAGAGUCACAUCAGUGACUCCCUCUCUUCAGCAGUGCAGAGGUCAGGGGAGAUGUGCUGGACAAAGCUUGAGCAAUAGCAAGGUAUUUUAUUAGCAAGCAAAGAGAACUCACCAUCAUAAGGUCUGUCCUGGCAUACAGGAGGGCAAGAAACAAAGUCUUAUCCCAGUCAAGUUUGCCUUUUUCAUAAAUCUUAGCUCAUGUUCUUAAAUUUGAAGUGAAUCCUUGCUUCCUAUCUAAAGGCCAUUCUAUUCAAGACUACUAAAAAUAAGUUCUCAUGUAUUGUUUUCUGAGUCGAUUUGAUGAUCAUGUAACCUGAUAGUCUCACACUUGGCCCACAUCUGUGGGUCUGAUCCGCUUCCUCCCAAUUCGCGUGCAUUGCUGGCACUAAUCGGGAGCAUGCACCUCAGCAGUGUUACUAAGAUGUAUCUGACUCAGUAAGAUGUGUGUGCGUCAGCUGUGUUAAGAGGUAAAAGAUCAAACUGCACCUUAAUCCUAAUCAUUAAACUAUGAAUAUGGCUAAUACUAAAAAGCCAUUACACAGCUCCUUUAUGACACAUUGCAUGUUUUUUAAAAAAAUAUGUCAUUGUGUUGUUUGAUCAGUUGUAUUUGGAAAAUAAUUUAA